AUGUCCAAGGACAAGAGUGGAUACCCUGGUAUGGGUGAGACCAACCCUCUUCAUAACAAUGUGUACGGACCCCCUCAGCCAGGUUUCAGCAUGCCACCUCCCAGCUACAGCCAGGCCACAGGGGAACCUUACCCACCAGCAGCUGGCUACGGGAAACCAGGCUUCGCUCAGGCAGGCCCAGGUUUUGCCCCAGGUCCUUACCCUCAGAUGCCUUGUCCUCAGAUGCCCUACCCACAGGGACUCUACCCUAAGGGGCCUUACCAGCAAGGAGCCCCACAGCCAGGCUUUCCCGGAGACCCAACUGUACCUGCUGGCAGCCCUGGUAACCGUGGUGAUGUAGCUCCAUCUUACUACGACAACGAGAUGUUCACCAACUCUGGCUUUGAAGAUAAGACCAUCCGACAGGCCUUCAUCAGAAAGGUCUUCAUGGUUCUCACAGUGCAGCUGAUGGUCACUUUUUCAUUUGUUGCCGUGUGCACCUUUGUCGAUGAAGCCAAGACCUUUGUGCAACAGAAUCCGAUGAUUGCGUAUGUGUCCUACGCAAUCUUCUUUGUGUUAAUAAUCGUCCUCAGUUGCUGUGGAGAGUUCCGCCGCAAGCACCCCUGGAACUUGAUUGCACUGUCCCUCCUGACCCUGAGCCUCUCCUACAUGGUGGGUAUGAUCGCCAGCUUCUACGACACAGAGACUGUCAUCAUGGCUGUGGGCAUCACUGCAGUGGUCUGCUUUACUGUGGUCCUGUUCUCGCUACAGAGCAAGUAUGACUUCACUUCCUGUUAUGGUGUGCUGUUUGUGUGCCUGAUCGUGGUGGUGCUCUUCGGCAUCCUCUGCUUCUUCAUCCGCCACAGGAUCCUGCACAUCGUCUAUUCCUCACUGGGGGCUCUGCUCUUCACCUGCUUUUUGGCUGUUGACACUCAGCUUCUCUUGGGCAACAAGAAGAUGGCCCUGAGUCCAGAGGAGUACAUCUUUGCUGCCGUCCUCCUCUACACUGACAUCGUGAACAUCUUCCUCUACAUCCUGGCUAUCUUUGGACACUCCCGUCAAUGA